AUGCAGGACCCCGAAGACUCAGUCGUUGCGCACAGCCUCUAUGACCCCCACCUCGAACCCCAGGAAGCAGAUGGGGAACUUGAGGACCCGUCAAUGCUCCCCUCAACCGGCGUUGGAUACGAAAUAGAAAAGCGUGACCAGAUCAGAGAGGUCAUGAUCUACGAUGCUUUAGAAGGGAAAGAAGGAAGGAGCAAGACUGAAUAUAGCAAAGACGAGACUGCAGACGAAGAGAGCUUCGCUGCUGACGACGACGAGUCCCAAGCAGAGGCAGAUGCGGAGGCGAAUGAAGAAGAGGAACUCCAAAAAGAAGAGCAAGUUGAUGAACAGGAGGAAGCGGAACACAGAAAGGCUCAGCCCCCGCCGCCGAAGCUGCCACCUGACGAGGCGCGAAGGCUGCUCCUCUCUGUAAGCAUCAGCGCACAUGCUGCUGUGCCCGACUUGCUAGGGACGAAGGCGCGGAAAGACCAAGCAGAGGGAAAGAGCCCCGUGAAGCCCCCCUUGUACUCAAAACCUCGAAAUAUUAAGCAGCCGACUGCAGCAAGCUCAGCAGCAACGGGUCCUGUCGCAUCUUCCGCAGCAGCGGGAGCCCCCGGGCCCCUUGCAAGUUUGCCUGCAGGGGGAUCUCCGGCGCCCCCUGCAGGAUCUUUUGGGGGGUAA